AGGUUUCCAUCAAAAACCCAAAUCUUCUUCUCAAUGUCUACUAUAGUACAAGCACCUUAUACUAUUGGGGCAGGCAGCAUUUUUGGAAGGCCGACCCCCGCGCAGCUACUCAACUACGACAACGAUGCAGAUGAGGAGUCAGACAGCAACUUCAUGAACCUGGAAGACCUGGCGCGGUAUGAGGGAGAACACGCCACCCUGCGCAACCUUGGCACUGUGACUUUCUUCGAUCGGAGAACGCGUACCCGUAUGCCUCCCGUGGAUCUUCUUGCUCUUUCUGUCGAUGUCUCAAGACCGAUCGUGCGGGUCACCGACGAGAAUAUGCAUAUGUACUACAGCUCAUGGCUGGACAUGACAAGGAGCAACCUCAAGAAUUGCGGGAUGUACGAUGACUCGCUGGACGACAAAAACAGCAUGAUGAUCCCAGACGGGCUAUACGACGACGACAUGGAGGAUGAAAGUGAUGAGUCGGAGCUGGACGAGUCACCAAAGGGAGGGAGCAUGCUCGACAUCUGAGGCGAGUACGUCCUCAUGGUGGCGAGGAGGAGAUGGUUGUAGAGAUUUAAUUACAGAGGAAAGGUGAGAAUCAAAUAAAUGACACUAUCAGG